CAGAGAGUGCAUAUGCAUCAGUGAGAAGGACGGAGGGAGAAGGAAGAGGAGGGUGAAGAGUCACACAGCUGUGCGGGACUGGGGAAGGAGGAGGACCAGCAGAGUUUGACCUUGAGGAGAAACCCGACUGCUGAGUCCCUGAGAAACAGAGGACAGAGGCGGGAGAGGAGGAAGCCACAGGUCUCCCUGUGGUUUACUUGUGGAGAUGACCCAAUUAUUAUCCAUCAGUGCUAAGUGGUAUCAAGAGGAACUUAAAGGCUAAUCAUAUCUACUUAUUCCCUGCUGGGUCUGCGUGUGGAUUUUACCCAUCAUGCCUCACCUGUGCGAAUAAGACUUGCUAAUAUUACCUCGUGGAUAUCCCAGUGAUAUCACCAGGUGCUGCUGCAGAGAACUUUGCAGGCAUGGAGGCCGUCUUGUUGUGUCUAGACGAGGCGGUAUGUACCCGGCAGGGUCUGCUGUGGACGCUCACCUCCACGGCCCUCAGACGCCUCUGUGUGCAUGCCAGACACCUUCCUGGACCCCUGCACCUGUUACACGCUCACAGGUGUGCUUCAAGGCCACUCUACCAGAUGACAGAGGGGAGGCGAUGUCAGGUCCACCUCCUCGAUGACAGGAAGCUGGAGCUCCUCGUACAGCCCAAGCUGAUGGCCAAGGACUUGCUGGACCUCGUGGCCUCUCACUUUAACCUCAAGGAGAAGGAGUACUUUGGAAUUGCAUACACGGACGAAACGGGCCAUUUCAGCUGGCUGCAGUUGGACCGCCGGGUGUUAGAACAUGAGUUUCCUAAGAAGUCUGGUCCCAUAGUCCUGUACUUUUGUGUCAGAUUCUACAUAGAGAGUAUAUCCUACCUGAAGGACAAUGCCACUAUCGAGCUCUUCUUUCUUAAUGCCAAGUCCAUCAUCUACAAGGAGCUUAUUGAAGUGGACAGUGACAUUGUCUUCGAAUUGGCUUCCUAUAUUCUACAAGAGGCUAAGGGUGAUUUCACCAGUAAUGAUGCAACCAGGUCUGACCUGAAAAAGCUGCCUGCUCUGCCCACCCAGGCCCUAAAGGAGCACCCGUCUCUGGCCUACUGUGAAGACCGGGUCAUAGAGCAUUACAAAAAGCUGAGCGGGCAGUCCAGAGGCCAAGCUAUUGUGAAUUAUAUGAGCAUUGUGGAGUCUCUGCCCACAUAUGGAGUACAUUACUAUGCUGUUAAGGACAAGCAGGGGAUCCCGUGGUGGCUGGGUCUGAGCUAUAAAGGCAUCUUUCAGUAUGACCACCAGGACAAGGUCAAGCCCAGGAAGGUGUUUCAAUGGCGUCAGUUGGAGAACCUGUAUUUCAGAGAGAAGAAGUUUUCAGUGGAAGUUCACGACCCCAGGAGGGCGUCGGUGACGAGAAGGACGUUUGGCCACAGCGGCAUUGCUGUGCACACCUGGUACGCCUGUCCCGCCCUCAUCAAGUCCAUCUGGGCCAUGGCCAUCAGCCAACACCAGUUCUACCUGGACCGCAAGCAAAGCAAGUCAAAAAUCCAUGCUGCGAGGAGUUUGAGCGAGAUUGCGAUCGACCUGACGGAAACGGGAACGCUGAAGACCUCCAAACUAGCCAACAUGGGCAGCAAGGGCAAAAUUAUCAGCGGGAGCAGUGGCAGUCUGCUGUCCUCAGGCUCUCAGGAAUCAGACAGCUCACAGACGGCCAAGAAAGACAUGCUGGCAGCGCUGAGGGCCCGGCAGGAAGCUCUGGAGGAAACGCUAAGACAGCGACUAGAGGAACUAAAGAGCAUCUGCAUCAGAGAAGCUGAGCUGACAGGAAAGCUUCCUAAAGAAUAUCCUCUGGAUCCAGGAGAGGAGCCACCGACAGUGAGGCGAAAGAUUGGUACUGCCUUUAAACUGGACGAGCAGAAAAUUCUUCCUAAGGGAGAGGAAGAGGAGCUGGAGAGGUUGGAGCGGGAGUUUGCCAUUCAGUCCCAGAUUACAGAGGCGGCCCGCCGUCUGGCCAGUGAUCCUCACGUCAGCAGUAAGAAGCUGAAGAAGCAGAGGAAAACGUCUUAUCUCAACGCACUGAAGAAGCUGCAGGAAAUUGAGAACUCCAUCAACGAGUAUCGGGUCCGCUCUGGCAAGAAGCCUACGCAGAGAGCAUCGCUUAUCAUAGAAGAAGCCAAUAUUGGUUCUGAAGACAGCUCCCUGUCUGACGCGCUGGUUCUGGACGAUGAUGACCCUCAAGUCACAGGAACGCCCACGUUCUCCCCAGUAGCAUCACCUCACAAGGGCCUGCCUCCUCGGCCCCCAUCUCACAGUCGGCCCCCUCCGCCGCAGUCCCUGGACGGCCUGCGACACCUGCACUACACGCGCUCCGACUACGACAAAUCGCCCAUCAAACCCAAGAUGUGGAGCGAGUCGUCACUGGACGAGCCCUAUGAAAAAGUCAAGAAACGCUCCUCUCACUCCAGUCACAGGCGGUUCCCAAGCUCUGGCAGUGCAGAAGCAGGAGGCAGUAACUCUCUGCAGAGCAGCCCCAUCAGGAGCCUCCCUCACUGGAACUCUCAGUCCAGUAUGCCCUCCACCCCGGACCUCAGGUCCAGGACACCACACUAUGUACAUUCUACCAGGUCAGUGGACAUCAGUCCGACACGUCUGCACAGUCUCGCUCAGCACUUUAGGAACCGCAGCUCCAGCCUGGAGUCCCAGGGGAAGCUGCUCACGUCCGACCCAGAAACACACCAGCACACGCUGGGAACACUGGGCAGUCCUGACUUCUUCCUGGGACCGGGACGCAGCUCCAAUGGCUCUGACCCACUGGACGACUGUUCAUCCUGCACCAGCCAAAGCAGCUCAGAGCAUUACUACCCCUCUGGGGGACCUCCCAGCAACAACCCCAACUACUCUACCCUGGGAGAGGAUUCACCCUCUAAAGCCAGGCAGAGGCAGAGGCAACGACACAGGUCUGCAGGUCACCUAGGUUCCUCUAACUCCGGCUCCAUGCCAAACCUGGCAGCUAAAAACGGCUCUGGUGGAAGCACAGGUGGAGGCAGCAUCGGCGGGGGACACCAUGGAGUUUACCUCAGCAGCCAGAGCCAGCCUUCAUCCCAGUACCGCAUCAAGGAGUACCCGCUGUAUGUCGAGGGCAGCCCCAACCCCGUGGUGGUGCGCAGCUUGGAAAGCGACCAGGAGGGACACUACAGCGUCAAGGCCCAGUUCAAGACAUCCAGCUCCUACACGGCCGGGGGACUGUACAAGGAGGCCUGGGGGGGGGAGGAGGGCGGGGAGGGGAGCGGCCGACUCACGCCGUCGCGCUCUCAGAUCGUACGGACUCCAUCACUGGGGCGAGACGGUAGUGGAGGAGGGGGGAGGGCAGCGGUGUCUGAGGAGCUGCGGUGCUGGUACCAGAGGUCCUCGGGGAGCCUGAAGGAAAGGAGUCAUUCACAUUCGGGGUCCACCUCCUCUGAGACGGGGUCACAGCAAGGCACUCUGGGACCUGGACGAGGCAUCAGAGUGGGGACACUCGCCAAAGGCUCACCAGCUGCGUCCCCUCACAGCCAGAGGAGUAUGACGCCCUCCAAUGAACACGCGGCCACGCCCACGCCUCCCUGUAGCCCACAGCACAUCCUCAACUGGCAGAGCGGGUCUUUCAGUGACAGCUGUUUUCUCAGCAGCCCUCUGUGUGCAGAGCUGGCAGACGUGCAGUGGUACGGACACGACAAGGCCAAACCUGGAACCCUGGUCUGAGACCGUCCUUCCAGAAACGUCCCAUCGCCCUCCCUCCACUGUCCCUCACUACUACCCGUCGACAACCAACAACCUCAUCCUUAAAACCCUACAAAAUCCUGCUCCGACCCAACGACCCGAGCAGACUAGACAUGAGCCUUCCUCCUCCUCCUCCUCCUCCUCCUCCCUUCAUUCAUCCUGUCCUUCAUCCAUUUCACAGGGACACGGCGUUUGAUAAGGGCCGGUUUUUACAUGACAGACUGGACUGAGCAGAGUCACCUCAGUGUUUGAACAGAGAGAGAGAGUGAGAGAGCACAGAACACAUCACUGAAACUCAACAAAGCCAGGAUUCCCUAUCAUUUUAUCUCAUCUUUGCUCCUGCAACUUUACCAACUGUAACGCACUGCCACCAAAUCAGGACGUGAUUUGAGCCACCGCUUUAUUGACAGACCGCUCACAGAACUCUUACUGGUCUUCAUCCAUUUUUAUUUCUUCCCUAAACUAACUAAAUAAUCUGGAUUAACGAACACUACACUACAUUCAACCAGUUUUCAGUUUUAACCCACAACCAAAGACUGACACCAGGUGGUGGUGGUGGUGGUGGUGGUGGGCGGGGCCAGACUGUAUGAUGGUGGACUGAAACGACAACACCGGGACGGGUGUCUGUGACUCUGUGUAGACUUAUCGAUGAGGACUAAAGCAAUAACAAACUUAUGAAACACAAGUACAUGAACGCGUUUGGAGUGAAGCGGCCGCUUAUAACCACGUUCUCUGCCUUGUGAUGCUGGGAGUGAAAAAAAAAACAACAUCAGUGCAUCUCAGGGUGAAUGUGGAUGUUCUGGGUUUUAGUCCGUGCUCAUUUUUGUUUCUUCUCAUUGGUCUUUGUAAGAUUUCUGUCAUCAUGGUGAAGGUUCACACACACACACACACACAC